UUGCAAACCAUCGUCUGCUAGCAUUUGUAUCGAAGACCGCAUGACUGAGGAAAAGCGAUUAUCGAUACAGGAAACGCCUUCACUCCAGGCGAGAAUAUCUGAGGAACUGUUGGCGCGGAAGCCUAGAAAGCCGACGGCUGCCGAAUGCUGCGGAAAUGGCUGCGCCCUGUGCGUCAACGACGUUUACGAGCAGGAACUGGCAAUCUGGGAAAUCGAGUGCAUGCGAGAACUACAUUACGGCCCUGGCCGCCGUGAACUGCAAGCAGGACCAGCUAUAAGCCCCAAAUACUACAAAUCAUUUGUGCUUCAGAACAUCAAGAAAGUCACUGAAUGCUGCUCAAGAUAUAUCUUUGUAAUUGACGACAUUGGAUGUCUUGGCUUCAGCAUUGGACAGCAUCUUAUAAUGAGAGCUUCUGUCGAUGGUGAAGUCAUAACUCGUCAGUACACUCCUAUUUCACCUCCAAGUGCCCUUGGCUUCUUUGAAGUCAUAAUCAAGGUUUAUCCCCAAGGAAGGAUGUCAAAAUACAUCAAGACACUCAAAGAAGGAUGCUCUGUAGAUUGGCGAGGUCCACUAGGAGGGCUAGACUACAAGCCCAAUGCGUACAAGCACAUGCUACUGCUUGCUGCUGGCACUGGAAUUGCACCAAUGAUCCAGGUCUUGCGCCACAUCACAAGUUCAGACGACUACACCAUGGUUCGCUUGCUUUUUGGGAUAGCAAAGUACAGGGAGAUAUACCUGAAGGAUGAGCUGGAUGAACUGAAACGCUUCUGGAAUGUCAGCAUUCUGUACUGCCUCAGUGAUGCCACGAGAGUCGGAAACAGUGUCUCCAGGGACACAAACCCGGACCUAACCUUCACAUCGAACGUCCUCUGGGCCGAGUGGAGCCGACUCUCGGAGACGCUCGGAAGCGACCACCACAUUCUCCAACUUGACAUCGCCCACAACCGGAAGCAAACCAAGACUGGAGUUGCCCGGCUAACAGACUAG